AAAAGAAAACAGUCGGUUAUCAUCCAGGAUAACCAAUCAAUGGAAUGUUCUCAGACAGAAGAAUCUUCUGUUGCUUCUAAUGCUGACGAAAGUACUGAAUCAAGGUCUAAAAUUCCGCAUACUGAGCAAACCGAUCAAGCUCUAAGCUCGCCCGUAACAGACAUUGAUAAACGUACUCAAGUCAUCAAUAUUGAUGACGAAGAUCACUCUCAACGUGUUAAGAAGCCCGAUCAUAAUAAUAGCAUGAGUCAAGCUAACUCUUCUAGCAACACAACGGAUGUAUCAAUGACAUCAACAAAACCUUCUACUUCAGCUGAACAGAGCACUCAGCCGAAUCAGUAUAAUCAUCAAGAAUAUAUUCUAGACAGAUGUUCAUUAUCUAACUUUCAACCACAGAUUGAGAAUGUUCGAUCUCUUGCAAAUGUUGACGAUCACAAACAAAUCGUUAAUGAAGUUCCAAGUCAGAAACUGCCUACCUCUUAUAAGGAAUUAAACUCACUCAAACUUUCUGCUCAGCUAUACAGUCACAUGAACGGGGGUCGACGUUUAAUACCGAUUCAAAAACAAGUUGAAAAGAGAUUACGUCCCACGAAAAUGGAAAGAAAUUUGGCCAUUGCCACACCAAAACUACGUAUUGGCAUCUCUAUCAAGCCUAAAGACAGAAAACGAAAGUCUUCUCUCCAAGGAGUCACAAAGACAUCGCCAUCAUCUAUUAUGACAAAUGUUCUGAAAUCAAUACGACAAACAUUAUCAACUACUCAUAAUAACUUCCUUUUGAAUAAUCCGCAACUGCAAGCAAGAAUGAGUCCACGAUCUACUGAAGAUAACAAUGUAGACUUCACAACUAGCCCGCAGAAUAUCAUAGCUUCAGAAACAGGUGACAGACAAAACACAGAAAUUCCUAUUCACCCAAUCUACCAACCAUCUAGAAUACAACAUACAACAGUCCAUGAAAACGGAUAUCAAAACUUAUGCACGCAGGAACAGUUGGUUAACCAAUCUACACAAAUGAAUUCAAAGCCAAAACGAGUUCACUUUAUGGAUGACGCUGCUAGGUCAUCUGUAACCGGAAGUCAUCUAAACGUCAUGGAGAAUGCGAGUCAAAGAUACGAGUACAUUGUAAAAGAAACUCUGUCACCGUAUCAUGUAGUAACUUCAGAUUCCGAUGCUGUUACGGAUCAUAAAGAAAUUUCAGAUCGCGAGAUGUCUGCAGACGAAUCACCUGUUGAAACAACGGACAAUGUUUAUGGCACUGCUAAUGAUCCUAGACAUGAUUCUGCAGAUAGACCGACAGCUGACCAAAACUCUACGUCAACGAAUCACCAGACGCAUUCGAAAUUUAUUUUAGAGCAGCAAAUGUUGGACAACUUUGCUAUCCUCUUUACUGAAAUGGGCUCUACUUUGCGUUAUACGACUGAUAUGUACAACACCUUACGGAGUUCAAUCCUCGAUACUGCCGAGACAUAUAAAAAGUUAUUGGGUGCCGUCGAACAAUUUAACACAGCGGGAAACGCAGCUAGCAAGGCAUUUCCUUCGAGCAAUUUGAGACCAGAAGGUCCACGGUCACCUGAAGCAAGACACACUAAAGUAACAGUGAGUGCUAGUUCUAGUAAUCAAGAUCAACAUAGAAAUGAUGUUGCUAACAAAACGCCGAAAAAGAAAAACAACAAGUUGUACCAGUUCGUUCUACCACCGGAAUAUGAUGCUUAUGAUACAAGAUGGACAUUGAAGUAUCGAACAAAUCUGCCAGGACUCGUAGAACUUAUGCCCCAAAGUGGUGUUUACGUCAGCUCCGGAGACCUCAAUUACUGUCGGCAAGUAUCGAAAGAUUGCAAAUCAUUAGCUCGUAGAUUAUUACCAGAAGUCUUCAACAGAAAUGCACUGAGUAUUUGUUCAUCAAUGAGUGAGAAAGCGCAGGCUUCUAAUAAUGUCGACUCUACUAUAAGGCCAGAUUUAGAUGAUCAUGCGUGUUCGGUACUGUUAAAUUUUGUUUUAGAGCAUGGACUCCAACAUGGUUGGAAUAUUGAUCUACAACCUAUCCUCAGAACCUUACACAGUAAGAUGCAAGAGAUUCGGUUCAAAUAUGGUGUAAUGGUUGAAUGUUAA